AGCGCGUUUGUUAGAUAAAUUUGUCCUCAAGUUCUAUUCUUUAGUCUUUACAUGUAUGAACGGUUGAUUUCAUGAACAAAUGAUAGCGAAAUGACAAUAAAAUAAAUUGACUGUGUGCAGACCUCACUACUAUUUAGUGAAGUGGAGGCAACUCCAGUAAUUUAUCCAAAAAAGAAAGAAAAAAUAUGAGCUCUGGAGAAAUGUCUCCGGACAUAAAUAUGGAAUAUUCAACUUCUUUUGAUUCUAGUACUCAUGCAAUUAUCCACGGCAAUUCUGAUAAUUCAGGGCGGGAUGAAAGCAUGAUCUCUGAUCCAAACAUUCCUUCGUCUAAUUCAUCGAGUGGUGGUGAUGAUGAUUUGAUGAUUAAUGUAUCAAAUCCUAAACGUAGACAUAAAAGUGAUCAGCAAGAAGAGGUAAGGAUAUUUAAUGUUGAUUUCAGGGCACUUACUGGGGCAUCAGGUAAUAAAUAUGUCCCAAUAGCUGAUACAGAUUGUAGACAAAACAUGUUGAAGAGAUCCAUCAAAUUUUUCAGAAACUUGUACCGAAUGAAGAGGCAAGAACAUAUUGGGCCGAACCGCCCAACUGGAGAUGGCAAAAUCAAAUCAUUUUUUAGUAACUUAAACCUGAUGGGAGACAACAGCAGAUCUGGCCAGGGGCGGCGUUAGUAGUCUAGAUCUGAAUUCGGCAUAACUUUUGAUCAAACAAUGUAUUUGUAUUAAGAAAUUUAUAAAAUUUCGAAUAAGUUAUUAA